UAGAGAUAUAGUGUUUGUGGUUCAAAGUUGAAAUUUGUAGAGGGUUAACAGAACAGAAUGGCUAGCCUAAGAUGUUCUUCUUCUGUAAUCACCAACUCCAUUUUCUCAACUCUACGUAACAGCAACAACAACAAUGUCACCAAAAGGUCACCUGGUUCUUCUGUUACAACGCAAAGCAAGACAAGACAACAAGGUCUGAAGAGGAUAAAACAACAGCCGUCUAAAGCAGAAGUCGAAAAGGCUAUCGGUGCCGGCAUGUACCGCAACAGAGAUUCAGAAGACUCUGGAGAAAAAACUCUAUUUGAUAAAAUUCUGACAAACCCAUUUGGAGAAGAAGAAGGACCUGUUGAGCAGAAACUUCGAGAAACCGGUGAAUGGAUCCUCGACACUACAGAAGGGCCAACUCGUUCAGCUGGUAAAGACAUUUUUGUGAUACUAUGCACAUGGGUGCUGCCUGUCUGGGUUUUGUGCCUCUUGGUUGCUUGCGGCUUUGUGAAGUUGCCAUUUGAUGUCCCAUUUCUUGAUGACUUGAUAAUGUAAAAAAUUUCAAGACAUGCAAAUAACCUCAUCUCUGCUGCAUUAUCCCAACUCCCCAGAGCAGAUCCAGGCAUCUGUAGAGGCAGUCGAUUCCCCGACCUCUCGGCUGCACUAUAGACGAAAGGGAAUGGGUAUUACAAUUAUAAUAGACAGUGGAACCCAAUUUAAAGGCAAUACUUGAGCAGAAUCAAAGAAUAUAUGUAGUGUAUGUACUAGAUGAUGGUGGUUGUACACUUGUACUCAUGGUUUUUAAUUAUGGGCAUAAGUUUCUUUAAGGAAGCAUCAAAUCUUUGUUGUCUAUUCUACCUUUUGAAUGAUUAAUAAUUAUGUACACGAAUCAAGUAUGAUUAAUGCUUGCUUACGUAUAAAGCAACCUUAAUCUCUGCUUAAUGUUGUUUUUUCUCACAGGUUCCCCUGUUUUUUUAACCAAGAGAGGUUCUGAAA